GGCCGGCCGCGGCCUGUGGCAAAGCCUGCUGGGAAAAUGGUGGGAUUUCGGGAAGGAAGGAAGGAAGGAAGGGGCGACCCUGAGGGAAGGGAAGAGACGCGGCGGGCUCAGGAGAGCCCGGGAGCCUCUCGAAUAACUGUUUAAAGAAUUAGCAUUCUCAACAUGGAAAAGCCAUGCAAAGAAAAUGAAGAAGAGCCACAUAGCGCGCCAAAGACCACUGAAGAACCGCCUCCGGUGGAGCACCCUCCCGAAAAGCACUCUCCCGGGGAGGAAGAGGAGGAAGAGGAGGAGGAGGAGGAGGAGGAUCUGUCUUCAGAAGAGCAGUCCUCGGAGGAGGAGGAGGAGGACGAGGAAGAGUUCUUUCCCGAGGAACUCCUUCCCGAGCUCCUUCCUGAGGUGCUCCUUUCGGAGGAGCGCCCCCAGGAGCGACUUUCCAGGAAGUACCUUUUUGAGGAGCGUCCUCCCAUGGAGCAGCCUCCUUGUGGAGUAGGAAAACAUAAACUAGAGGAAGGAAGUUUUAAGGAGAGGCUGGCUCGUUCUCGCCCACAGUUUAGAGGGGAGAUACAUGGCAAGAAUUUAAGCAAUGAGGAGAUGAUAAAGGUAGCAGAGGAGAUGGAAGAGAUGAAAAGAGUAAGAAACAAAUUACUGAUAAUGCACUGGAAGGCAAAACGGAACCGCCCUUAUCCUAUUUAAUGGGUUCUGCCUUGAGUUCUGUUUUGCCUGGUAGUAGUACUGCCACCUGAACUUUGCAUUUCCGUAUAUACCUUUUGCUGUGUUCUUAACUUUUUGUGUGGCUUUAUUUUCCUUUUGUGACUGGCAUAAAAGUGUUUUCUUCCCCUAUAAUCUGCCAGUCUCCCUCAGUCAUGAAUUUCAUCUGUUAGCAUGAAGAUGUAUAUUAUGUAUUGUGAAGUGAAAAAACAGCUUUCAAAAAGUAUAUAUAGUAUUCCACUUAAAAGUAUAUAUGUAUAUUUAUAUAGUAAUAUGCAAAGAAAACAAAGUAUAUGCAUCAGAAGCUUAACAGUGGCUGAUAAAAUAAUAGGUGAUUUUUGUUUUAAUUUUUGCUUUAUCUGAAUUUCUCAUUUUUAAAACUAUUUAUUUUGUUGUUUGUUUUUUCAAGAUGAACACACUUGUGUUGCAAAAAAAAAUUAAUAUAAUGAAAAAAAUGUGAAGCAGUUUUCAAAAACCUGUCAGCUUAUGAAGACAAUAUGGCACUUAAUAAAUACUUGUGAAAACAUAACAAAAGAAAAGUAAAUCCCAUGUUUCUUCUGACUCUCUUAGGUGAAAAUACAAACCACAUACCUAUUACAUUUGUAUAAGGGUCAGUCUUUUCCCAGUUGAAUUAGGAAUAAAACCUGCCUUGCAGAGCUUCUGUGGAACCACAUGAGGUAAAGAUCAUGUGAGCUAUGUUUGUCUCUUUUCCCCACCUGCAUACUCCGGACCCCCAGAUGCUAUAAAUUCCCUUCAUACAUGGGGUGGUGCCUGAGGGGAGCCUCACCUGUGCUCACAGACAAGUCCUGUGAGAUUCCAGGUGAGUGUCACAUUCUAUUCCUUUCCUGUUCUUCCUUUGAGUACUGCUGUGUCUGCUAGGCAUAGCAGCCUCUUCUGCUGGGUCUUGCUCCUUCCACUGGGCCCCAUCACUGCUGCUGUGCUGGAGCCCUCAAGGUGCAAAGCCUCACUGAUUGUACUGGAGUGUCUUGUGAUAGAACUGUGUAGCCUACAGAGGCACAGAGAAUGUGCCCCUUCCAGCUUUAAUAUUACGCUUACUCAGGUGGUUACCAUUCUAGUGCUGUUUAGACAUCAGUGUCCUUUUUAAAGAAGUCUUAGCAAAAUUAUCUUGUCCAUUUUUUUCCCCCUUCUUACAGCCUCCUUUUUCUCUAUCGGACUCAAACAUGAGUCCAGCGGGACCUGGGCUAGGAGACAGAUUUGUGUACAAGACACCAUGCAGUGUACUCAAAAUUUGAACCUCCCUCCCAGGUAAUUUCCAAGAAUAAAAAAAGCCAAACCAAACCCGUUGCUGUCGAGUCAAUUCCGACUCAUAGCGACCCUAUAGGACAGAGUAAAACUGCCCCGUACAAUUUCCAAGGAGCAUCUGGUGGAUUCAAACUGCCAGCCUUUUGGUUAGCAGCCUUAACUCUUAACCACUAUGCCACUGGUUUUAAUUGCCUAACUUGCCUUAGGGUGAGCUCUCUCCCAGGGGCUUCUAACAGGCAUGCCUUAUGAAUUCUGCUGGCAUGUUCAAUGUGUAUAAGUUAAAGAGGAGACUAAAACUUAGGACAUUCCAGUUCCACCCUACCCCGUAUUAACCGGAAACAUGCCAAUGUACUUUGUAAAACAUUGAAGUAUUAUAUAUGUAUCAGAUUAUUUCCCCAUUAAACUAUCCGUGUAAAACCGAAGACUUUUAUUGAUCCUGGUCAUUCUAGAAACACAGAUGGUGUGUUAAUAUUUUUUUCAAAUUAUGACACAGUCAGGCACCUUGAUUUCUUGAAUCAUCUCUGUCCUUGAUUGACUGUGUAAGCUUCGGUAAGUGUGUUUGUUCCCUAGAACAUAUAAUUUGCAGUUCCAAAAGGAACACAGUGGGGGAGGAAUUGUUUCUCCAUGUUCAACAUUAAAAUUAACAUACCAGUGUUUCUAUUAUAAAAACUGCAGAAUUCUGAAUUCUACUCUAAAAACUGCAGAAUCCUAGGCUGUACCCUAGGCCUGCUAAAUCUGCUUUUCUGUAAAUUAGCACACCAAAGGUGGAGGGCCACUGACCUAUAUACUCCUGAUUUUCCUAAGGAUAUACUAUGAAAUAAAUAGAAGAAAAAAAUAGAAGUCUGUAUCAGAAUUAAGAGUGAAAGUCCUGUCCAAGCAUAUUUUUAAGUAAGUAACAGCCUCACAAAUUGUACUACAUGAAAUUUAAAAGAUUUCCUGCAGUAAAGCAAGAUUGCACAAAAAGCUAAGGGAGACAAUAUAAUAGCAAGAUGUAUUUUCUAUGCCUAAACAUCAUAUAUGCCUUGCAUUGCUUCCUUCCAGUAUGAGUAAAAUUUAUCAGAAAGGAACUCAAAGUUCUCCUUCUGCCAUCAGCUCACAAAAAAAUAAGCUCUGUACCCUUGGCUUUGUUUUCUGUUUUUAUUGUUUUCACUCUGUGAUAUGUCUCUUCAUGUUUCCAGACCAUUAUUCAAGGUUGUGGCAGCCCAAUGAAUGCUCUUGGGGCUGGAAUCCCUGCUAGAGUGAGCUAAGGCUUACUGUGACCUUUUACAAAAUAGGAUAAAUCCAUCCCCCGGGUGUUCAGAGUGUCCCUAUGAGUCGGAGUGGUCUCAACGGCAAUGGGUUUGGUUUUUUAGUGGGUGUUCAGAAAAGCCCUGGUGGCACAGUGGUUAAGAGAUUGGCUGCUAACCAAAAGGUUGGCAGUUCAGAUCCACCAGCUGCUCCUUGGAAACCCUAUGGUGCAGUUCACUCCAUCCUAUAGGGUUGCUCUGAGUCGGAAUAGACUUGAUGGUA